CAGCGCCCCUCCUUUACCAGGCCAUAGGCGCUGCCUCUCCUCCUGCUGUUCCUCUGACAUCAUUGCUCCAUCUCCUUUGCAGGACCAGAAGGUGCUGCACAGCCCAGCAGGAGGAGGAGGAGGAGGGAGGUCCCCAGGCCACAGAUGAGGAGCUGGGGGAGGGCAGGGAGACUCUCUGGCUUCGGAGGGGCCCCCACCCACCCAAAUGAGCUUCUCUCCUGCAUCCCCCCUCCCUCUGGAAGGACUGAAGCGGUGAUGGAAGCUGCAGCCUGAAUCUCCUUCCCCGACAACGCCCCCCCCCCAGCCCACCAUGAUUCGCAAGAAGGUUUCCCAGGACACCAGCCUGCUCAUUGGCCUGGGAAAAAGCCCGUCGGGUCUCUACGAGGAUUCCAGUAUUCUCCCCAACGGAGGCGCCACCUUCGAUGUGGAUGACGACGAUGACCCCAUCUACAUUUAUGGCGAUGAAACUUAUGGCUACACCAGCGGCGCCAGCGGGAAUUACUUCCGAGAUGGGAAGACGAAGAUAGAUUUUGUGCUGGUCUGGGAGGAGAAGCUGCGUCCCUCGAAGAAGAGGCGCAACAAGCAGCCCCACCCGGAAGGCGAGAGGGCAGCGGGCCAGGGUGCCGGGUGCGAUGCGGCCCGUGGGCGUCACGAGAGGUGGAGGCAGAAGUUCCUCAAGAACCUGCGCAGUGCUGGACUCCUGAUGGAGAAGGAGGAGACUCUGAGCGAUCGCAAGGGCAUUCACUACAUGAAGCUGAGUGCGCCCUGGGAGGUGCUAGUGUACUACGCCGAGGAGCUGUGCAUGCGGGCCCCUCUCCAGGCCCACCCCAACCCGGACCGCAACAGCUCUGACGACCUGCUCCGGAAGCUGCACCUGCCGAACAUCAUGGCCCAGCAGGUGCCCAAGAAGCCCGUCGACUACUAUACCUGUGCCUUUCGAAAGUCCAAGUUGGACAAGUUCCUGGGCAGCGAGCAGCACGAUUCGUACUUCACCAACACGCAGAGGCAUCGCAUUGUGUAUGAGAUCUUGGCCCGGACCAUCUACGGGAAGAGGAAGCACGCAGAGAUGGGCAUUGACCGGCUGCUGAACGAAGGGGUCUACUCCGCAGCCUUCCCACUGCACGAGGGCCCCUUCGAGCUGCCCGAGUACGAGGUCCCGGGCGAAGAGCUGAACCCCCGGCAGAUCCUGUACCGCUUCUGGGCCCAGUGGCGCUGCUGGUACAAAUACCAGCCUUUGGACCACAUCCGGGAAUACUUUGGGGAGAAGGUGGCCAUUUAUUUCGCCUGGCUGGGCUUCUACACAGCUUGGCUCCUCCCGGCCGCCGCUGUCGGCACUUUGGUCUUCCUUGCCGGCAUCUUCACCAUGGGGACAAACACGCCAGCGCAAGAGAUCUGCAGCAGUGGGGGCCAGUUCCCCAUGUGCCCACUGUGUGACACCUGCGGCAACUGGAACCUCUCCGAGAUCUGCCCCAUGGCAAAGGUGGGCUACCUCUUUGACCACCCAGGGACUGUCUUCUUCAGCAUCUUCAUGUCCUUCUGGGCCGUGACCUUCCUGGAGUACUGGAAGCGGAAAAACGCUACGUUGGCCCACCACUGGGACUGCAUGGACUUCCAGGAGGACGAGGAGCGUCCUCGGCCAGAGUUUGCCGCCAUGGCCCCCCGCAUGGAGCAGAAUCCCGUCACGGGGGUGAAGGAGCCGUACUUCCCUGAACGCGACCGUCUCUCCCGCAUCCUGACGGGAUCCAUGGCCAUCAUUGUCAUGCUCUGCGUGGUGAUGAUCUUCCUCGUGUCGGUGAUCAUGUACCGAGGAAUUGUGAGCACCAUGAUGUACCACACAGGGAACACGAUCUUGAUGACCCAGGCGGGGAACAUUGCUAACACCAGCAGCUGCAUGGUGAACCUGGCGCUCAUCCUCCUCAUGAGUCAGGUCUACACCUCUCUGGCUGAGAAGCUCACCAGGUGGGAGAUGCACCGGACUCAGACGCAGCACGAAGACGCCUUCACCUUCAAGGUCUUCAUUUUCCAGUUUGUCAACUUCUACUCCUCCCCAUUCUACGUGGCCUUCUUCAAGGGCAGGUUUGUGGGCUACCCUGGCCAAUAUGGAAAACUCCUGGGCAUGAGGAACGAAGACUGUGGUCCUGGCGGGUGCCUGAUUGAGCUGGCCCAGCAGCUCUUCAUCAUCAUGGUGGGGAAGCAAAUCGUCAGCAACAUCCAGGAGUUUCUGAUUCCGAAGCUGAAAUCCUGGCGCCAGAAGAGGAAGCUGGCCCGGGUGCGAGGGGCUCAGAUCUGCCAGGAGCCCAAGCGCUGGGAGGAGGAUUACGAGCUGAUUGAGUGCGAAGGCCUCUUCGAGGAGUACCUGGAGAUGGUGCUCCAGUUUGGCUUCAUCACCAUUUUCGUGGCUGCCUUCCCACUGGCCCCGCUUUUUGCCCUGCUCAACAACUGGGUCGAGAUCCGCCUGGACGCCCAGAAGUUCGCCUGCGAGUAUCGGCGCCCCGUGGCCGAGCGUGCUCAAGACAUCAGCGUCUGGUUCUUCAUCCUGGAUGUCCUGGCCCAGAUUUCCGUCAUCGUCAACGCCUUCCUCAUUGCCUUCACCUCGGACUUCCUCCCUCGCCUCCUGUACCAAUACGAGUACGACAGCCACCUCCACGGCUACGUGAACUUCACCCUGGCCUACGCCCCACCGAGUUUCAUGGACGGCAACCACACCAUGUGCCGGUACAAGGCCUUCCGCAACCCCCAUGGGAGCCAAACCCUCUUCUACUGGAAGCUGCUGGCCAUCCGCCUGGGCUUCAUCAUCGCCUUCGAGCAUGUGGUCUUUUUCUGCCUGCGCCUCAUCGACUGGCUGGUCCCAGAUGUCCCCGAGUCCCUGGAAGUGAAGAUCAAGCGGGAACGCUACCUGGCCAAGCAGGCUCUGGCCGACAACCAGGAUGUGCUGCUGACGGUGAGUGGCGACUCCUCCCCCUCGCCAGGUCAGUUUGCGGAAGAAGCACCUGCCUGUCCGUGCCGUCUUCUUGUUGCAACACCAGAAACCCAGGAGCAGGAGCAGAGCGCAGAGUGCAAAACUUGCGCCAUCUUCUUCUUCGCAAAAGCCAGGUCCUUCUUCUCCCUCGUGGCUUCGGAGCUGAGCCGUGCCUGGCAAGAUCUCAGCAGCAGCCGCUCAGAGGAAGAGGGCAGCACGCUGGCUGAUGUUUUGGCCCUCUGCCGGGGCUGA